ACGUGUCUGCUCCCUCCCUGCCGCCGGCGCCCGCCAACAUGGCCGCAGCGGCGCCGCCGGACCCCCGGCUGCUCCUGGCCGUGCUGCUGCUCCUGCCGCCGCCGGGCCCGCUCUGCGCCGCCGGGCCCGAGCUGAGCCGCCGCUUCACCGAGCGCAAGCGCUGCGCCGACCCCGAGUGCAGCAAGCUAAUGUGCCGAGGGAAAGCAAUGAAGGAUUUUCAAGGUCCAGACUGUCGUUUUGUAAAUUUUAAGAAAGGAGAAACAAUAUACGUGUAUUACAAACUAAUAGGAAUGUCAACUGAACUUUGGGCUGGAAGUAUUGGAAGUGAUUUUGGAUAUUUUCCAAAGGAUUUACUUGAAAUAAAUCAUAAUUAUACCAAUGAGGAGCUAGAGUUACCAACAGAAGAAACAGACUUUGUUUGCUUUCAAGACGGAAGAGAUGAUUUUGAUAACUAUAAUGUGGAUGAACUUUUGAAGUCAUCGGAAGAGACGAUAGCAAAUGAAAGGGAUGCUGAAUCAAGUGAUCCAGGGACAAAACCAGCUGAAAGAACUGAAAGAGAUAAAGAGGAGGGAAAGGUUGAUACAGUAGUGUUCCAUGAUGCUUUGGAGACAGACAAUCUCAAACUAACAGGACUUGAAGACAAGGAAGCCCUUGCCAUGACAGAGGAGGCAGACAGUUCUCUUAAAGAAGGAACUGAAAAAGCUGAGAUGAACCCCACUGUUAAUAGUCAUGAAGAAAUCUCUCAGGGAGAACAAAUUGCACAUGAGCACUUACAAGGAAUGUUAAGUGAGAAUCUAAAAGGGCUAGAAAGUGAAAAUACCAAAAACUCUAGUAUUCCUCAGGGUGAAACUAGCCAACUUGACAAAGAGAGUGAAGAAAUCAAUGCCUAUACGCUUUUAAACAGAGAGCUCUCUGUGAACUUGAAAACAAAAUUUGGCUCAACUGCUGAUGCUGUUGUAUCAGAUGAUGAAGUGACUCGCCUCGUUACAUCAGUGGAAAAUGAUUUUAAUGAAGAUUUAAGCAUUAAUGCUCAUGAUGCAGAGGAGGAGUCAGACUUCGUAGAUCAGUUUGAAGAAAUUCCCUUGCUGUCAUUUAUGACAGAAGAAGAAAGCAUAUCCCUAGUGGAUUCAGAAGCUGAUGAAAGCAAUGGCUUUGAGUCAAAACAUCAUAAACUUGAUGAAUAUGCAAAUGGUGCUACAGAGCUACACAACCAAAGAGACAAUGAGGAAGAACGUGAUUCAGAUGCAUUAAUUACCGAGGAUGCCUUCAGUGAGAAUGAGAAGUCGGGCAGUAGUGUAAAUAUGGACAAGUUUGAAUCCGAACAAACAAAGGAGAAGUGGGAUGAAGCGAUGCCAGUCAGCAAGAGAGAAGCACCAACAGCAACUCAACUUGAUGGUCUCUCCAAACAGCUCAUUAGAAGAGAACCUGUAGGUGCAAGUGACGCAGAUUCAAAAGAAAAAACAAACAAAACUGAACAGUUUGAAGAGCAGCUCGUGACUGAUGAAAUGGUGUUGCAUCCUGAAGAGCUGAAGAGUACAGUUGUGCCUGAUCCUCGUGUUUUGCCUGGUCCAGGAGAUGGUCUGAAGUUCAAAUCUUUUGUUGAAAGUAAGCAAGAUGCUUUAAGUCCACCUGCUGGUGAUGUGAACCAAAGUCCAGAAGGAGUGCCACUUGCUGAAAUAGAGAAGGAAGAGGAAAAGUUUGAGGGUGACACCUUGAAGGAGAGCUCUGAAAGUAAUUUUAAGCACAGAAAGUUAUGGGAAGUUAUGAAGGAGAAAGAAAAAGCUAAGUAUGAGCCUUCUGGUGAUGUUCCAGCAAAACCAGUGGAAGAUGUACAAAAUGCAUCUCAGAGUGAUGCAGGAGAUACUGACCUUCUAAAAGACAAACUGGAGCAAGGAAUGCCUGCGGUGGAAAAAGAAGUCCUGAGACAGGAAGAAGAUUUGAAACAAACAGAGGAGGCUGAUCGUGAAGAUCAAAAGCCCAUCUCUGUUAAGAAAGAACCAGAAAUAGCGAGGGGGAACAUGAAAGAAACCUCUGCAAAUGAGGGAGACCCAAGCCACGGAGGAGCUGCUGAACGACCCAGGCCAUGGGAAAAUGAGACUGAGUAUUCAGAGGCAGAUGUGAAAGAAGAGCUUUCAAGAAAUCUUGGCAAGAUGACAGUAUUUGAAGAAAGUAUUGAGAAAAGUUCCCCUGAAGGAAAAUCAAAAAGUGCUACACAGAAUACUAAUGCAGAGAAUUCUGCACAGCAAGGAGCUGUUCAUACUGAUAAUGAAGACUCGGACAGAAAUCUUGGCACAAGAUCAGCUAGAGAAAAAGCCCCAUGGCUAGAAUUGCAGUCUGAAGAGCCAGAUGCUGAAGAAGACCCUGACUUGAAGCAAGAGGAAGAACUACUGGAAGAUGAGAACGCUGCAAGUGCAAAGCUGUUGCAAGCAAGGCUUGCAAAUGUUCAGGGUAAUGCUCAGACAACUAGAAGUACAAAUCCUGACUUAGGAGUACUGAGCGAAGCUCUUUCAGGAACUGCAAAUCCUACUUAUGAAACAGCAGAGGAAACAAACUCAUUUUCUGAGGAGACUAAAAAAAUAAGCAAGCUGCAGGAUGCACAUGAGGCUGGAAACAAAGAGGUUGAUGAACUGGUGAGUGAAGAUACCAAAUUAGAUGAGAUUGAACAUGCCAUGGGAGACAACAAAGAGUCUUCGGAAGCUGAGGACCCAUCAGCUGUGGAAGAAUAUAUUUUCAAAUCUCCUGACAGAAAGGACAGCAAUGACUUGAACCAAAGGAAAGACCAUCUCCCAGAGGGCAUUUCACUGGGAGACUCAAAAGAGAUUCAAAAUUCAGAGGAUACAAGAAACACCCACCAACAUUCUGCACAUUUCCCCAGCCCUGCUGACAUGUCAGCAGCCACAAAUGACACUGUAACAGACUACAGUGAGUCUGUGAAGCGACUCACAAUAACAAGAGAUUUCCUUGAUGAAAAGCGUGUGAUACGCCUACAGAAGUACCUUGGGCUCCAAAAUGUGAUUAGGAUUGAAGCCAUGUUUCAGGACAUGAAGAUAGAGAUGGAGCUUGCUCGAAAGGCAAGCCAGGACAAUGAAGAAAUAGAAAAAGCUUUGGACCAGAUACUUAAGUCUUCAGACUCAAGCAUUAUGGAUGUUGUAGGAAAAGUCCUGGAUUCCAGAGUGGCAGAAAAUCAAGAGGAGGUGGUAAAAGAAAUGGAUUUGUAUGAUGAAGAAAGUGCACUGAUGGACGAUAUUCAAGAAUUAAUAUACUCUUUAAGAAGUAAAUACUCAUCUGCUAGUGAGAGUGUCCCACUUGCUUCUUUUCUACAACAGGAAGAAGAUGAGCUGCAUGCUCAAGGUGCUGCAAAAGAAGCUGAAUAUGACUCAGCUCCUGUCAGAAACCUACAUGGCAUUGAUGAGAGCAGUCAGAAGUUUCAGCAGCUUGAAGACAAGAGGCCAUUUCUUCCUAUAGAAGAGGAGGAGGAAGCAGCUGUUAAUAUUCCACCUGAGGAUGAGGAAGCCAUCUUCUCAGAUGACAGAGAAGCUGCAGAUGGGUACAACAGUGAAAGAGAAUUGCUGCUGGCUGAUUCCUUUGAGGCAGCUGGUGCAGGAGAGAGUGCCGAGGGAGAUACUGCUCCAGACCGCGCUCCGGACGUCUCGCCCUCCGUCCCUCCAGACUCCAGCGCCGUGCCGCCAGGAGGCGGCGCCUCAGGGGAAGCGCCGAGCGGGGCGACGCGCCGUUUGCUGCGCCAGCUGGCUGCCACCCUGCCUGAGGAUAUCCGUCCUGGGCCUGAUUUCCACGGGCUUCCAUGGGAGCCUGUCAUUGUCACUGCCUUAGUGGGGAUGGCCACACUUGCUAUCGUUUUCUGGAGAACCUGCCUUUCGGUGAAGAGUAGAAUGUAUCAAGUGACUGAAAAGCAACUGGCUGAGAAGAUUCAAAACCUCCUACAAGAAAAAACAGAAAUGUUAGACAAGUUUUCAGAAUGUGAUGAAAAGAUAAAGCAAGCAAAGGAAUCGAUGAAAGUGGCCCAAGAACAAAAAAGCAUUCUCUCAGAUGAAAUUGCAGGGCUUAAGGACACAGUCAAAGGGCUAGAAGAAACAAAUCAUCAGCUAGAUGACAAAAUAAAGAGUCUGUGCACCAUGCUUGACACAGAGAGAAAACAAAAUGCGAAGAAGCAGAAAAAACUUUCUGAAACCCAGAAGUCCUUGGAGAAGUUUGAAGAGGCUUUCAGUAUGCAUUCUGCAGAGCUGUCAGAGGUGCAGAUAGCUCUUAAUGAAUCUAAAUUAAGUGAAGAAAAGGUGAAAGCAGAGCUUCAGCAUGUGCAAGAAGAGAAUGCUAGGCUGAAAAAGAGCAAAGAGCAACUGCUAAAAGAAGCUGAAGGUUGGAGUGAGAGGCACACUGAGCUCACUGAGCAGAUCAAACUGUAUCGGAAGUCUCAGAAGGACAUAGAAGAAGCACUUGCCUACAAAGAAAACGAAAUUGAAGUUUUAACUAACUGCAUUAUGCAGCUGAAGCAACUUGACACAGAUUCAGCAUCUGAAGCCAAGAAGGACGGUGAAGGGCUCGAAUGGAGCACAAGAGACGAUCUGGCCAAUGGAGAGUUGCCAGAUAAUGAGAAGAUGAAGACUCAGAUUAAGCAGAUGAUGGAUGCCUCCAGGGUAAAAACUAUGUUAUCCCUAGUUGAAGAAGACAGAAAUUCUCUGCAGUCCAAGCUGAGUGAUGAAGUGGCAGCAAGACAUGAGCUGGAGGAGCAAAUAAAAAAAUUAGAACACGACUCCUCCUCACUGCAGUCAGCCAAAGCUCGACUGGAAAAUGAAUGUAAAACACUACAGCAGAAAGUGGAGAUUCUUGGUGAACUUUACCAGCAGAAAGAAAUGGCACUUCAGAAAAAACUAACUCAAGAAGAGUAUGAGCGCCAGGAGAAGGAGCAGAAGUUGUCUGCUGCAGAUGAAAAGGCCGUGCUGGCUAUCGAGGAAGUGAAAGUUUACAAGCAGAGGAUUCAAGAUAUGGAAGAGGAAUUGCUAAAAACAGAGAGAUCUUAUAAAAACCAGAUUGCUGCUCAUGAGAAAAAAGCACACGACAACUGGCUUAUUGCCCGCUCUGCUGAGAGAGCUCUGGCUGAAGAGAAAAGAGAAGCGGCCAACCUGAGACAGAAAUUAAUGGAAGUGAACCAAAAAACCAUCAUGCUUCAAAGACCUCUAAUUGUAAAGCCAACCCCAGGCAGACCUGAUCGCCAGGUCCCACCACGACGAAUGCCCUUAAGUAGAGAUGGUUCUUUUGGUCCAUCUCCUGUGAGUGGAGGAAAUCCAUCACCCACACAGAUGAUGGAAGUUCCCAGUAGGCCCCUUUCUGCUCCUCAGAGGGAAGGAUCAAGAGCUGAAUUUGGUACAGUGGUAGAUGGCCCCCCUGCUCCACGGAGGCCACCAGAGCUCCCUGGAAGGAUGUCCGUUCCUGAUCUUGGGCCUGCUGUAGCAUCCCUGAUCAGCAGUGGGCCGAGAACCUCCUCUCCUGCCACAGCAAAGGAUAGGGCGCAGCCCUCUCCCAAAGAGCCUGAAGCCCCCUGUGUAACCACUGAUUCACCUUCAUCUAUUGAACCAGCUACAGUUAACGUUGGUCCCAAAGGCCCACCUUCUUUCCCUGGGACGCCCGUCAUGACCUCUCCAGUGAUGGGACCUCUGCCUCCACCACCUGUUAACUAUGGUCCACCACCAGCUCCUUUUCCUGGACACUACGGGCCUGGGCCUCGACCUCUCCCUGUGCCCCUAGUUUGUGGUGCUCCCUUACCACCGCCAGCUGCAAGAGAUUUCUUACCUGGCCCACCCUUAGGAAUGAGAGAUCUGCCUCCCGGCCCCCUGCCGCCCUUUCCGGAUCCCAGAAGCUACAGACGUGGGCCCCCUCAUUUCCGACCCCCGGCUCCUCCUGGCCCACGCGAUUUUCCACCAGGCCCGCCGCUACCCCCGCCUGCCUCCAGGGACUACGCACCUUCUCGGAGCAGAGACUUGCCUGCAGCAGGACCCAGGGACUGCCCUGCACCGCCACCGGCGGCCUCGAAAGACUACACACAGCCUCCUGUGCAGAAGCCCUAACUGCAGCCUCCGGUUGGUCAGCAGCUCAGUGGAACGGCCUCCCGUGCGCUUCCUGCGCGCUGCAGAAACGGUGGCUGGUUCUCUAGUUGAAGCCAUUUGUUUCAUUUCAGUCUAUCUCAGUUUUUUCAGGAGUAAUUUUUAUCCGGUCGCUGCAAACAUUUAUGAUCACCUUAAACUCAUCCAUCCUCUUGGGCUGCAAGAACCUUUUUGUGAUGGACUUGAA